AUGUUGGACUUCCGACAGGCCGCGGCCACGGACAUCCCCGGGCCAAACUUCAAAAAGUGGCACCGCGCGGGUCGACAGGUCAGGGACUACCGCUUCUGGGAAGCCGCCAAGGAAAUCGAUGGCAACAUCCUCGACUCUCUGGAACAGAAGGGUACCAAGCGCGAUGCGCCCACGGGCGAAGAUGCCAUCGCCGCCGCCGUGUACGCAAAUGAACUCGGAGAGGCCCCCCGCAAGAAGCGGCGAAAGAACAAAGGCCCUGUCGAGGAAGAAGAGGCCCCCGACCUUCUCCAGCAGAUGGCGCAGAAGGACAGAGAGCUCAUGGCGCUCAAGGAGGAGGUGCAGCCGGAGGACACCCCUAUGGAGGGUGCCGAUGGCCCUGGUACAGAGGUGCGUCAACCUGAAGCAGCGGAAGCGGAGACCGCGGUGCCGGCAGCCCCAGCAGCAGCCCCACCCAGCGCACCAGCAGCUGCGGACACGGGAGUCCGGGGCCCGAAGGGGGAACUGCCUUUGGGUCCUGUGCUACAGGAGAUGCUUUGUUGA